GACAGGAAGCUUGAGAUCUUUUAUCCUCGUGAGACUUCAGUCAUGACAAACCAACGGACAUCACCCCUGCUGUGGAUACUGCUUGUAUCAGCUCUCCCUGUUACCUCAUCGUUCCAGCCAGCUCUUAUUUUAGAAAUUGCCAAGAUUCUCAUGGAGAACUACUGUCUUCCAGAGAAGCUUUUUGGGAUGCAGGAAGCCAUCCAACAAGUUAUCACCAGUGGAGAAAUUCUGCAGAUUUCAGACAAGAAGACCCUCGCAAGUUUGCUCACAGCUGGAGUUCAAGGAGCCCUGAGUGAUCCACGACUGACGGUGUCGUAUGAGGCUAAUCCUGUUCCUGUCGUGCCGCCAGUACCUCAGUCGCUCUCGAAAGACCAACUGAGGCGGCUGGUGAGAAACUCUUUUAAGGUGGAUAUUUUGGAAAACAACACUGGCUAUUUACGCAUAGAUCAGAUCAUUGAUCAAGAGACGGUAGCAAAGGCUGGCUCUCAAAUGUGGGACAACGUCUGGAACAAGGUGGCCCAGACAUCCUCACUAAUCUUUGAUCUGAGGUACAGCACAGGUGGAGAACUUUCUGGGGUUCCAGUGAUAAUCUCAUAUUUUUCAGAACCAGAGCCUCCCAUUCAUAUUGACACAAUAUAUGACAGGCCCUCAAAUACAACCAAGGAGUUGUGGACCAUGUCAUCAAUACCAGGGAAACGAUAUGGUAAGAAGAAGGACAUAAUCAUUUUGACAAGCAGGCGCACAACGGGGGCUGCUGAGGCUGUGGCAUACACCCUAAAGCAACUUAAGCGAGCCAUUAUAGUGGGAGAACGAUCGGCUGGUGGGUCAGUAAAAGUCCAAAAGAUCAGAAUCGCUCAGUCAGACUUCUACAUAACAGUUCCCGUGGCAAGAUCCAUUAAUCCAAUCACAGGCCAGAGCUGGGAAGUGAGUGGUGUUUCGCCAACAAUCAAUGUAAUGGCAAAGGAAGCUGUUUCAAAGGCCAAAUCCCUUCUGACUCUGAGGUAUGCCAUUCCAAAGGUUAUGCAAAUUAUCUCAGACAUAAUGAGAGAUACAUAUGCUUUCAGUGACAGAGUUUCAACACUUCUGCAACAUUUGCAGUCAACAGACUUAUUAUCUGUUGGAUCAGAGAAGGACUUAGCUGUUAGACUCAACCAAAACCUCCAGACUGUGUCUGAAGAUCCUCGAUUGAUAAUCAGAUACAUGCAAGAUGAUGAUUCUGGAGUAGAACAGGACCAUGAGUUUUAUACAAUACCAGAUAAUACGGAAUUAUUAAAGGGAUACGUUAACAGAGUUUUUACAGUGGAAGUUCUUCCGAGUAAUACUGGGUAUCUUCGUUUUGAUGAGUUAGCAGAGACUUCUGCUGUACCUGAACUGGAAAAUCUCAUGGCUCAAAAGAUAUGGGAACCCCUCAAGGACACUGAUAACUUGAUCAUUGAUCUACGAUAUAACACACGUGGCUCCUCUAAUUCUUUGACACUAAUAUUGUCUUACCUGCGCGACUGCUCCCAGAAACGGAACUUCUUUACAAUAAAUGACCGAAUUAAGAACACAACAACAGAACACAAAUCUCUUUCGAAAACUACAAGACCAGUUUACAACUCCAAACAUGGAGUUUAUGUGCUCACAAGUUACCACACUGCAAGCACUGGGGAAGAGCUUGCUUACCUAAUACAGUCCUUAAGUUGUGGCACAGUCGUUGGGGAAAUUACAUCUGGCAACCUCAUGCACUCAAAGACAUUUGAGAUACAAGGGACAGACAUUGCCAUAACCGUCCCCUUUAUAAACUUUAUAGACAACAAUGGGGAAUACUGGCUGGGAGGUGGUGUUGUCCCUGAUGCCAUUGUACUGGCAGAGGAAGCUUUGGACCGUGUUUAUGAAGUUAUGGAGUUUCACAAGGGACUCGGGACCCUUAUUGCAGGAGUUGGGGAACUGUUGGAGCAACACUAUGCAAUUGAAGAAGUAGCAAUAAAUGUAAGCCAGGUGCUGUUAACUAAAUGGAGGGAGGGGUUGUAUCGACCAGUGGUUGACUUUGAAUCUUUGGCGUCGCAACUGACAAUGGAUCUCCAGGAAAGCUCAGGCGAUCACCGCAUUCACGUCUUCCACUGUGACGUUGAACCUGAGUCACCUCAUGACAUCCCGAAGAUGCCCUCACCAGAAGAGUUUGGAUACAUAGCUGAAUCUUUGUUUAAAACGGAAGUUUUACCAGGUAACAUUGGUUAUCUGCGCUUUGACAUGAUGCUGGACAUAGAAGUGGUGAAAGGAGUUGGUCCACAGCUCCUAAAUUCAGUGUGGAAGAAGAUAGUGACCACAGAAGCCCUCAUAAUUGAUAUGAGGUACAACACCGGUGGUUACUCCACAGCGGUUCCCCUCUUUUGCACGUAUUUCUUUGAAGCUGAACCACCACAGCAUCUCUACACCAUUUAUGACCGUACAACCAACACCUUGACUAAAGUCAUGACAUUUUCUCACUUCAGGGGUCAAAGAUAUGGAUCCUCAAAGGACCUUUUCAUCCUGACAAGUCACAUGACGGGCUCAGCAGCUGAAUUAUUUGCUCGCACCAUGAGUGACCUUAAUCGAGCUACGGUUAUUGGAGAGCCAACAACCGGAGGGUCUUUGUCCAGUGGGACCUAUCAGAUUAGGGACACUGUCCUGUACGCCUCCAUUCCCAACCAGAUUAUUUUAAGUCCCACAACUGGGAAAGUGUGGAGCUUUUUGGGAGUGGAGCCACAUGUUUCCACUCAGGUCACUAAAGCUCUUUCAGUAGCACAGGUAAUUAUAGCAGCCAGGCUCAAGAAGAGAGAGCAAGAGCAAUGAAAAAGGUAUCAACUUUUAGAAGACGUUUAUUAGACUUUGACAGAAGUUUUAAUUUUGAAAGAAUUUCCUGUAAUUAUUGCUAAAAUAAUUGAUGAUGCUUAACAAUACUGCUAUAUUGCUAUGUCCUCAUAUCAAGAAUUAUUGUGAAGAUAAUGUUUUCAAAACAUUUGUUUAUGGCAGCAUUAUAAAUGUCAAAUAUUGGAAAAUGCUUGUCCUUUGACCUGAUUUUGUCAUGUUGAACCCAGUGCAAGUCUAUUAUUUAUAGAACUUUAUUGUAAUAUUCAGUUAUAAAGCAUAAAUAACAGAGGCCAUUAGCACUGUAAAUUGACAAUUAUGAGAUUUCAUACUAUAAGAUGUGUCUGUAAAAUAAAUGAACACAUAAAGAAAAUAAGAGAAUGAAGUCCAGCAACAUAAAGAGCAUAAGAAGAGGCAGUUGGCUUAAAACCAUAGGAAAUAAUAAUUUCAGUUCUUAUCGUGAGUUUUAUUGCAUCUGUGUUUUGCGUCCUCCUGAAAAGAUUUUCUAUGAUUGAGAUUGUGUAAAACUAGAAGAAUUAUCAUCUUUGUAUGAAAAAUUUGCCCAUCCACAUUUAGAGCCUGGUUCCGCGAGUUAUUGGUUUGUUUUCCAGUUCAUGAAUUAUAUUAUAUUAUUAUAUUUUCAGUGGCAAUCAUCACUUUGUGUCAACUUUUGGUCAAACUGAAAUGUUCCACAUUAUUCCAUGAUAUGGUUUCAUCAUCAGUUAGAGAAAAAAGCAUUGGUUCAUAAAGGAAAAUAUCAUGUAUGAUAUAUGCACAUAUAAAUGAAUUAGUUUGAUUUUAUCUGACAUGUAAAACUGCAAUUAAUUUAGCCGGAUUUUUUACAAAUUAAUAUUACUGAUAAUUUAGUUAGAGUGACAUUUUCUUCUGGUUUUUGGGAGGCUUUCCCUUUUAUUUACUUUUUGUUAUCUGAAUUCCUGUAGUUAUUAGUGCCAGUGUAUAAAUGUAAUUUCCUGAGUUAUCUUGCAUAAGUUAAUGUUUUUACUUCUGUUCUUUUGUGCUCUAAUGCCCAGAAGAGGGAGCUCUCACCAAGCAAACCUGUGGUUCCUAUUCACCUCAACUCAACUACUUUACUGCAAAUAAAU